AUGGGCGUGAGCAUCCCAGCCAGCGAGCCGAAGCACCCGCGGCGCCAUCAAGAAAGGUGCGAGGCCGACGGCGACGGCGGGGAGUCGCCGGCGCUCGCCGCGCUGUACCUGUACGGGGACGUGCUCGAGUCGGUGGUGGAGCGCGUGCCGGCGGCUGAUCUCGCCGCCGCGGCGGGUGUCUCGCGCGAGUGGCUCCGCGCGGUGCGGUCCGCGCUGCGCCGGCGCCCGCGCCGGCUGCCCUGGCUCGUGGUCCACCUCCACGGCCGCCGUCGCCGGACCGCGGCCUACGACCCGCACUCCGGCGCGUGGCUCACCGUGCAGGCCCCGCGCCACGCCACGCCGUCCCACGUGCGCCUCGUGCGCGGCGCGCGCGGCGACCGGGUGUGCGCGCUCUCCUGCUCCGGCCUCGACGUCGCCGGCGACCCUCUUGGGACGUCCGCGUGCGUCGCCAUGAAGGCCCCCGGCGUGUGGCGCGUCGACCCGGUGCUGGCCGCGGUGGGCGACCGCGUGGUCGCCCUCGGCGGCGCGUGCCAGCUUGCGCUCGCCGAGGGAGAGGACGCCGCCGCGGUGGAGGUCCACGAGGGCGGGAAUUGGACCGCCUGCGAUCCGAUGCCGGCGGCGCUCCGCGAGUCCGCCGCAGCGACUUGGCUUUCGGUGGCCGCGACGGAUCACAGAGUGUACCUCGCGGACAGAACCACCGGGUGUGCGAGCUGGUUCGAUCCGUCGAUGCGGCGGUGGGGUCCAACCCGCCGCCUCAAGCCAGACGCCGGCGUCUCCACGUGGGGCGUCGCGCCUGGUCGCGCCGGCGCCGAGCAGCUCGUCCUCUUCGGAGCGAAGCGCGAAGGCGAGGGGGCAAAGAACAAAGUCGUCAUCCAAGCAUGGGAGGUGGACGGCGACACUCUGGAUCUGUCCCCCGGCGCGGGCCACCACGCAAUGCCGAGCGAGAUGUCGGCGAGGCUUUUCCCGCACGACGAGGACGAGGAGGACGACGGGGAGACGCUCCCGUCGAUCGGGGUGUGCGGCAACGCCACCGGAGGGUACGUGUACAACUCGGCCGAGCCAGCCAACGGCGCCGUGCUCUACGAGCUGCAGCAGGAGGGGAAGACGGGGGGCGCCGUGGAGCGGUGGGAGUGGGUGCCGUGCGCGCCCUCGAUGCGCGCCGAGCCGCUGGGUCGCGUCAUCCUCGCGUGCUCCCCGGUGGGGUUGGACGAGCUCGAGCUGUCGCGUGGACUACCACCUCUGGGCCCACAACGUGCAUGCACGGAUGUACAGUGA